UCCGUUACCGCGGCAACGACGCUCGGGCGGUGCUGCGUGAGGUCAGGGGUGCCGGGGCGGGGCCUGCGCGCGCAGCGGCGGCAAGAUGGCGUCCACGGCGGCUGGGAAGCAGCGCAUCCCCAAAGUGGCCAAGGUGAAAAACAAAGCACCCGCCGAAGUUCAGAUCACAGCGGAGCAGCUUCUGAGAGAGGCAAAGGAGAGGGAACUCGAGCUUCUCCCACCGCCUCCGCAGCAGAAGAUCACAGAUGUUGAAGAGCUAAAUGACUAUAAACUCCGGAAGAGGAAGACUUUUGAAGAUAACAUAAGAAAGAACAGGACUGUUAUCAGUAACUGGAUAAAGUACGCACAAUGGGAGGAAAGCCUGAAGGAAAUCCAGAGAGCCCGUUCCAUUUACGAGCGUGCCCUGGAUGUGGACUACAGGAACGUCACCCUCUGGCUGAAAUAUGCCGAGAUGGAGAUGAAGAACCGCCAGGUCAACCACGCCAGGAACAUCUGGGACCGGGCCAUCACCACCCUGCCCAGGGUGAACCAGUUCUGGUACAAGUACACAUACAUGGAGGAGAUGCUGGGGAACGUCGCUGGCUCGCGCCAGGUCUUUGAACGGUGGAUGGAGUGGCAGCCAGAGGAGCAAGCCUGGCAUUCCUACAUCAACUUUGAGCUCAGAUACAAGGAGGUGGACAGAGCACGAAGCAUUUACGAGAGAUUUGUCCUGGUUCACCCCGAGGUGAAGAACUGGAUCAAGUAUGCACGCUUCGAGGAGAAGCACAGCUACUUUGCCCACGCCAGGAAGGUGUACGAGAGGGCAGUGGAGUUCUUCGGGGAGGAGCACAUGGAUGAGCACUUGUACGUGGCCUUUGCCAAGUUUGAGGAGAACCAGAAAGAGUUUGAAAGAGUGAGGGUCAUCUACAAGUAUGCCUUGGAUAGAAUUCCAAAGCAGGAUGCCCAGAAUCUCUUCAAGAAUUACACCAUCUUUGAGAAGAAGUUUGGAGACAGGAGGGGAAUUGAGGACAUCAUUGUCAGCAAGAGGAGAUUCCAGUAUGAGGAGGAGGUGAAGGCAAACCCCCACAACUACGACGCGUGGUUCGAUUACCUGCGGCUGGUGGAGAGCGACACGGACGCCGAGACCGUGCGGGAGGUGUACGAGAGAGCCAUCGCCAACGUGCCCCCCAUCCAGGAGAAACGCCACUGGAAGAGGUACAUCUACCUCUGGAUUAACUAUGCUCUCUAUGAGGAGCUGGAGGCAAAGGAUGCAGAGAGAACCAGACAGGUGUACCAGGCAUGCCUUGAGCUCCUGCCCCACAAGAAGUUUACAUUUGCUAAAAUGUGGCUGCUGUAUGCACAGUUUGAAAUUCGCCAGAAAAACCUCCCCCUUGCCAGAAGAGCUUUGGGGACGUCCAUAGGUAAAUGUCCAAAAAACAAACUGUUUAAAGGUUACAUUGAGCUGGAGUUACAGCUGCGUGAAUUUGACCGUUGCCGAAAGUUGUAUGAAAAAUUCCUGGAGUUUGCUCCAGAAAACUGCACAUCCUGGAUUAAGUUUGCUGAGCUGGAGACCAUCCUUGGGGACAUUGACCGUGCCCGGGCCAUCUACGAGCUGGCUAUCGGCCAGCCCCGGCUGGACAUGCCUGAGGUGCUUUGGAAAUCCUACAUUGACUUUGAGAUUGAGCAAGAGGAGUAUGAGAAGACCAGGAAUCUUUACCGGCGGUUGCUGCAGCGCACGCAGCACGUCAAGGUGUGGAUCAGCCUGGCGCAGUUUGAGCUGUCGGCGGCGGGGCAGGGGGAGCGGCUGCAGCGCUGCCGGCAGAUCUACGAGGAGGCCAACAAGGCCAUGCGCAGCUGCGAGGAGAAGGAGGAGAGGGUCAUGCUGCUCGAGUCCUGGAGGAGCUUCGAGGAGGAGUUUGGCAAUGAUGCCACGAAGGAGAGGAUAGAUAAGCUGAUGCCUGAGAAAAUAAAGAAGAGGAGGAAGCUGCAGGCUGAAGAUGGGUCUGAUGCUGGAUGGGAGGAGUACUAUGAUUACAUUUUCCCAGAAGACACUGCCAAUCAGCCCAACCUCAAACUCCUGGCUAUGGCAAAGCUCUGGAAGAAACAGCAGCAGGAGAGCGAAGCUGCAGCCAUGGAUCCUGACAAGGACAUUGAUGAAAGCCAGACUUAAUUCCUUGCCUUUUCCCUCCCCUUUCUUGGGCCAUUGUACAGUAUUUUCAUUGGUGAUAAAUAAAUGUAUUUGGAGAGUUUUAGUA